AUGCAAGCUCCAUAUACUUUACAUGAAGUUUUAAAUAGAAAAUCAAGAUUAAAACCAUAUUCAAUGGUAUUAAGUGCAGGUGUUGGACGUUCAACAUCAAAAGAGCAAUAUAUAUUUUUUAAUCGUGAAUCAGCAUCAGGUGUUAAACUUAUUAAUUCCUAUCUUUAUCAAGAUACUGAAGAUCGUUUCGAACGACCACCUUUUAUUGGUACAUUCCAAGUGACUAAAAAACAAGGUAUAUCAGGUGUUAAAUAUUUUAUUAUCAUAAAUGUUCAUUUACGACCUACUUCUGCUUAUCAAGAAUUUCUUGAUAUACGUUAUGUUAUAGAAGAUUUUAUUCUCAAAAAUGCUAAAUAUUUUAGUGAAACAUAA